CCUUCUGCCGGGGCUGCUCCCGCAGAUGGCUCUGACUUAGUUGAGCGGGGAGCGGAGGGGAACGAUUGGUGGGCUCGGCGUCUGCGCAGUGGGGGAAAUGUUGGCCGCGGUGUGGCUUGCUGUGUCUGCCUGUUUCUUCGCCGCGCUGGUGGCUCUGCGAGCGCCGCCGCUGAAAGCUGCGCCCGGGGCUCUCUCGCUCCACCUCGCCGGGCUCUUUCAGGACCUGAUCCGGUACGGGAAGACCAAGACCGGCUGUGGGCAGCGCCCUGCCCUUCUGCAGACCUUUGAUGUCCCCAAGAGGUGGUUCUACCAUUUUUAUAUUGUGUCUGUGACCUGGAAUGGCUUCCUGCUACUGCUGUUUAUCCAAUGUUUGCUUUUCUCUCGAUCGUUUCCCAUUUGGCUUCAGUACUUGCUUGACACUCUCGAUGGAGCAAAGGGAGACAGAGGUAUCCACCAUUCAGAGAAUGGUGCUGAGCUCCUGUCAGCCUUCCUGGUGUGCCUUUUGGUCUGGGUGAAUAGCUGUAGACGGUUAAAAGAAUGUCUUCACAUUAGCAUCUAUUCUGGAGGCGUCAUUCAUUUUGUACAGUACUGCUUUGGCCUUUUUUACUAUGUUUUGGUGGGGUUUACAGUGCUCUGUCAAGUGCCGGCAAAGAAUAGAGAAGGGAAAGAUCACUCGCUGACGGUCUGCUGGUACCAUGUUUUAGGACUUCUGAUGUUCUGCUGGGCUUCUGUUCAUCAACACAGAUGUCAUGUCAUUCUUGCUAACCUUCGAAAAGAUAAAUCAGGAAAGGUCUUCACCACGGAUCACAGCAUUCCUUUUGGUGACUGGUUUGAAAUGGUGUCCUGUCCUCAUUAUUUUGCAGAAUUUCUCAUAUAUACCUCAAUGGCUGUCACAUUUGGAUUUUAUAAUUUAACGUGGUGGCUAGUGGUGACAUAUGUCUUUUUUAACCAGGCACUAAGUGCUGUUUUGUGCCAUGAAUAUUACUUGAACAAGUUUAAGCACUAUCCGAAAUGUCGGAAAGCCUAUAUACCCUUUAUUUUUUAAGUUAUUUAUUUUAAAUGGAAUAUGACUCUACUUUUGAAGCAAUAUACAGAUCUUGAGAUCUUCCAGGAUGAAGUGAUUGUUACCAACAAAAGAUUUUGCUGAAACUGAAUUUUUGCUGAUCGUCAUGGAUAUCAUUUUAAUAGGCACAGCUGUGUGUAUGAAAACAUACCCUGGUUCUGUUGAGACAACCAGAGCAAUUUUAUGUAAUCUACUUAGAAGAAAGUUCAAUUGAGUUUAAUAUGGCUUCUCCCCAAGAGACUUCUCCCUGAAAUAAGAUCAUAGCCGUAGGCAAUUUCACUAUAUAUGCUUGUUUGACAAAAUGCCUCACUAAUCAUGAGGCUUACUUUUGAGUAAACAGGCAAAGGACUGUACUUUUAAUUAACAGAUGCUGAUGGUAGGCUUUUUUUUCCCCGUUGUGCAAUUUUCUUGCUCCGGAUCAGUACAGAACAGAACAAAUGAAGCUGCUGUACCUUCAGUCUGAUUCACACUAGCUCCAUGUGAACGAUGAAAUGAAAAUUAAAACUUGACUGGCAGUUGCCAU